GUUGAUCUCGACCUGGAAGCGCUCUCGCCCGAGCAGCGUAAAGUACUGGCUAAGGCGGCUCUUCCUUACAUUGGUCGUUCCCCACGGUUGGCAGGCGUUUCUAAUGAUUUUCUCCGCCUUCUUGAGGCUGAUCAGACGGUCGAAGUAGAGAUUCGGCUUGCUAAGGCGCUGGAGGAUGAAAAAGCUCAACUCUCAGUAGCUACCUCUAAGCCAUAA